ACUCUCUGUGUCUCUUUAUACUCCAGAGUUGUCUUACAUCAGCUCAGUGUGCCUGGAUAUGAAGUCUAAGUGAGUAGAGAAAGAAAAGAACAGCUUGGAUUUUACUUUGGUUUUCUUUCUCACUGAUUGGAAUUAACAUUUUAUUGAGCAAAUGGUUUAAAAGCAGCAGGAUUUAAAAGAAUGAAGGCCAGGGCUCGAUUUGAUAUGAACCACCUUUGGAAGAUCACGUUUCCUCUAGCAUUUCUUCUGUACAACUCGGGAAAUGUAAAGUCCCAAGUUAAUCCAAGCGUGUGUCGAUCCCCACUAGGGAUGUCUGGAAGGCAGAUCUUAGAUGAAGACAUUUCAGCUUCAAGUCAAUGGUCCGAGUCAACUGCAGCAAAAUACGGCAGACUGGACUCAGAAGAAGGGGAUGGUGCAUGGUGUCCAGAGAGCACAGCUGAACCAGAGAACAUGAAUGAGUUCUUGCAGAUUGACCUUCGCUCUCUGCAGUUCAUCACAUUGGUGGGCACUCAGGGACGACAUGCAGGGGGCAUCGGAAAUGAGUUUGCCCAGACCUACAAGAUCAAGUACAGUCGCGAUGGCAGCCGUUGGAUAUCAUGGCGCAACCGGCAAGGAAAGGAGGUAAUCGAGGGGAACAGGAAUGCCUAUGACAUUGUGCUCAAGGACCUGGAGCCACCCAUCAUUGCACGCUUUGUACGCUUCAUGCCCAUCAUCGACCACUCUAUGAACGUGUGCAUGCGUGUAGAGCUCUACGGCUGCGAGUGGCUAGAUGGCCUAGUGUCAUACAACGCUCCACUCGGCCAGAAGAUGAUCCUCCAUGAUCAGGAGGUUUACCUCAAUGACUCUGUGUAUGACGGUGCCAUACUUCGUGGUAUGACAGAAGGUUUGGGCCAGUUAACGGACGGUAUGUGUGGUCUGGACGAUUUUACUCUCAGUCAUGUCUACAAUGUGUGGCCUGGCUAUGAUUAUGUGGGCUGGACCAACGAGAGCUUCUCCAAUGGAUACGUAGAGAUCAUGUUCGAGUUCGACCGAACACGCAACUUCACCACUAUGAAGGUGCAUUGCAACAACAUGUUCUCGCAGAGGGUGAAGGUAUUUCAGAAGGUGGUGUGUUAUUUCCGCUCAGACUUGGACUGGGAACCGACACCUGUGUCCUUUAUUCCUGUGAUGGACGACGUGAAUCCCAGCGCUCGCUUCGUUAUCGUCCCCCUUAAUAACCACAUGGCCAGUGCCAUCAAGUGCCAGUAUUACUUUUCUGACAGGUGGAUGAUGUUCAGUGAGAUCACCUUUCAGUCAGAUACAGCGAUGUACAACACAACCUUAGCUCCCCCCAAUACCAGCGUUACACUCAACACCUCUACAGAAAAAAACCCCUAUCACAAAGUAGACGACAGCAACACUCGAAUUCUGAUCGGCUGUUUGGUUGCCAUCAUCUUUAUCUUGGUGGCCAUCAUCGUCAUCAUACUCUGGAGACAGGUCUGGCAGAAGGUGCUGGAGAAGGUUUCACGGAGGAUGCUCGAUGACGAGCUAACUGCAAGUCUAUCGAUCCAGAGUGAGGCUUUCAGCUGUAACAACAACCUGACCUCCUCAGCAGCCAGCGAACAGGAGUCCAGCUCUGCCUAUGAGCGCAUCUUCCCACUUGGAGCAGAUUACCAGGAGCCCUCACGCCUCGUCCGCAAGCUGCCAGAUGUUUCACAGGUCUCAGAGGACUCUGCAUCCAAAGCUUCUCAGUCCAGCACUCAAGAAGGAGUUCCCCAUUACGCCGAGGCAGACAUCGUUAAUCUGCAAGGAGUAACAGGAGGAAACACUUACGCCGUGCCAGCUGUCACUAUGGACUUGCUGUCAGGAAAGGACAUCCCUAUAGAGGAAUUUCCCCGAAAACUGCUCACCUUUAAGGAGAAGCUUGGAGAAGGCCAGUUCGGAGAGGUGCAUCUUUGUGAAGCAGAAGACAUGGAGGAGUUUAUGGAUGAAGACUUUCCAUUCGAUGUUACUGAUAAUCAAACAGUUCUUGUAGCUGUCAAGAUGUUACGAGCUGAUGCAAAUAAAAACGCCAGAAAUGACUUUUUAAAAGAAAUAAAAAUAAUGUCGCGGUUGAAAGAUCCAAACAUCAUCCGGCUGCUGGGGGUGUGUAUGAGCUCAGACCCAUUGUGCAUGAUCACAGAGUACAUGGAGAAUGGGGACCUCAACCAGUUUCUCUCUCGUCAUGAACCAGAGGGCGUGAUUGCCCUUCUUAGCAACGCACCAACAGUCAGUUACAGUAACCUGCAGCACAUGGCCACUCAGAUCGCCUCGGGCAUGAAGUAUCUCUCAUCGCUGAACUUUGUACACCGAGACCUGGCCACACGAAACUGCCUGGUUGGCAAGAACUACACCAUAAAGAUUGCUGACUUUGGCAUGAGCAGAAACCUGUACAGCGGAGAUUACUAUCGCAUCCAGGGCCGUGCUGUUCUGCCCAUCCGCUGGAUGUCCUGGGAGAGCAUCCUCCUGGGUAAAUUCACCACUGCUAGUGAUGUUUGGGCGUUCGGUGUGACUCUUUGGGAGACACUGACAUUCUGCAAGGAGCAGCCAUACUCACAGCUCUCGGAUGAGCAGGUCAUUGAAAACACAGGCGAGUUCUUCCGGGACCAGAGGCGACAGAUCUACUUGCCGCAGCCUGCCAUGUGUCCCGACCCCAUCUACAAGCUCAUGUUGAGUUGCUGGCAAAGGAAUGCCAAGGAGAGACCAUCUUUCCUGGAGAUCCAUCGAAUAAUGCUGGAGAAUACACCUUAAUGUCUGCUCCUGUGCCAGAAGCAGCACUGCCAGAGACGCUUUAGUGUUCCAGCAUGACACACACACACACACACACACACGGGCACAGCGCAUUAGAAAGGUAUCCAGUUGAGUAAAGUGAACAAGGAUGAUAAAUAUUGUCAUAUUAGAUUCAGCAAUGAGUGGUACAAGGUAAAGAAUAUUGAAGCUAAAAUGUAGCAGGAAGUUCAGGCACUUUUGAUAAUAAUAAUGGAUUUAAUAUUUGUACAUUUUUGACGUUUUCUUGCCAUUUGUUCAUUUUCACUCAAAGAAUUGAAUAGUGUUAAUUUAAAAUGAAUUUAGGUUAACUGAAGAAAAGAUGUUGUGUAGAAAUCGAAUGACACAAGAACACGUGUGAGAUUUUUUUUUCGACAUGUUUAAUCAAAAGACAGCUUGAAUGUAAAUAAUUUUAAAAAUCUCAUUUUCUUUUUUUGAGUCAGAUUUUUGUAUGUUUUCAUAUCAAACAUUAAGUGAGUAUCAUGUUGAUUAUACAUAACAGUUUAAAAGGCUCUUUAUAAAUUUACAGUAUAUCUGGAAAGUAUUCACAGCGCUUCACUUUUUACAGCCUUAUUAAUCUAAAAUGGAUUAAAUUCAUUAUUUUCCUCAACAUUCUACAAACAAAACCCCAUAGUGACAACGUGGAAGAUGUUCGUUUGAAAUCUUUGCAAAUUAAUUAAAAAAAAAUAAAAAAAAUCUGAUGUACAUAAGUAUUCACAGCCUUUGCUAUGACUCUCAAAAUUGAGCUCGGGUGCAUGUUUCCACUGAUCAUCAUUGAGAUGUUUUACAACUUCAUUGGAAUCCACCUGUGGUAAAUUCAGUUGAAUGGACAUUAUUUGGAAAGACACACACAUGUCUAUAGAAGGUCCCACAGUUAACAGUGCAUGACAGAGCACAAACCAGCCAUGAAGUCCAAGGAAUUGUCUGUAGACCUCUGAGACAGGAUUGUAUCGAGGCACAGAUCUGGGGAAGGGUACAAAAACAUUUCAGCAGCAUUGAAGAUCCCAUUGAGCAGAGUGGCCUCCAUCAUCCAUAAAUGGAAGAAGUUUGAAACCAGCAGGACUCUUCCUAGAGCAGAGCCGCCCCGGCCAAACUAAGCAAUCGGGGGAAGGGCCUUAAUCAGGGAAGUGACCAAGAACCCGAUGGUCACUCUGAAAGAGCUCCAGCGUUUCUCUGUGGAGAGGGGAGAACCUUCCAGAAGAACAAACAUUUCUGCAGCACUCCACCAAUCAGGCCUGUAUGGUACAGAGACCAUAUGAAAGCCACUGCUCAGAAAAAGGCACAUGAGAGCCCGCCUGGAGUUUGACAAAAGGCACCUGAAGGCCUCUCAGACCAUUAGAAACAACAAUUGAACUUUUUGGUCCGAAUGCCAAGCGUCAUGUCCGGAGGAACCAGGGCAUCGCUCAUCGCCUGGCCAAUACCAUCCCUACAGUGAAGCAUGGUGGUGGCAGCAUGGAACUGGGAGACUAGUCAGGAUUGAUGAAAAGAUAAAUUUAGGCCCGGGUUCGAUCCCCGGUCAGGGAACUGACCCC